CCCCCCCCCCCCCGGCCGAGAGGCAGAGGUUGGGCCCGGGAUUUUGGGAGGCUGAACUGUGCUUGAUCAAUAAAAGGAUGCUAAUCUCCAACCUAGGAUCUGUGCCAGGGAUCCUGCUCCGGCAUGGUCCGGACGGUGCACGGCAGCUGCUGAAUGGCAUGCUGCUCCGGCCCGCGACCAUCUUGGGCCUGCACGCCAGACGCCGCGCACUGCACGCCGGCGUGCUGGAAGCAGCGCGAGCGCACGCCGACCGCACGGCGCUGGUGGACGCCUCGGGCUCGCACACGUACGGCCAGCUUCUGGCCGGCGCCGGCCAGGUGGCAGCACUGGUCGCCGGCGCCGUGUCCGAGCCCGGCUCGCGCGUGUGCUUCAUGACGCCCAACGGCCACCAGUACGUGGCCAUGCAGUGGGGCAUCUGGAUGUCCGGCAAUGUCGCCGUGCCGCUGUGUCGGGUGCACCCAUCGGCCCAGCUGCAGUACUGUCUGGAGGACAGCCGGGCGUCGGCCGUGCUCACCACGCCUGAGCUGGCGGCGCGCCUGGAAGCGGCGGCAGCGGGGGCGGCCGGCGGCGUGCCCCUGCUGGUGGCCGAGCCGGGACAGGGGCGGGAGGAGGCGCCCCAGCCGGCACCGGGCGCCGGUGCCGCGACCGACGCCGACGCCGCCGCCAUGAUCCUGUACACGAGCGGCACCACCGGGCCCCCCAAAGGCGUCGUGCUGUCCCACGGUAACCUGCUGAGUCAGGUGCGCGACAUGGUGUCCGCCUGGGAGUGGCGCCCCUCGGACGUGCUGCUACACACCCUGCCGCUCCACCACACGCACGGCAUCGUCAACGCUCUGAUGUGUCCGCUGUAUGUGGGCGCCAGGUGCGUGAUGCUGCCCGAGUUUGAUGCAAAGCGCGUAUGGUGGGAGCUCCUGGACACUGUGGCAGAGACGGCCGACCAGAUCAACAUGUUCAUGGCUGUGCCCACCAUCUACGCCAAGCUGCUGGAGGAGUACAGGAGGAAGAGUAAAAACAACAUCGCCUACCAGUCCUUUGUGAAAGACGUGUGCACUUCGAAAAUAAGAACAAUAGUCAAUACUCGUUUCUACGUCAGACUGAUGAGGACAAAUUUGUUGCGGAAUCAGUCUGACGGCGAGACCCAGACUCACGCCGUCUGGGUCCCAGACUUGAUGGUGAGCGGGUCGGCGGCCCUGGCCCGACCCAUCAUGGACGAGUGGGAGGCGGCCACCGGCCACCGGCUGCUGGAACGGUACGGCAUGACCGAGACCGGCAUGGUGCUCACCAACCCCCUGCACGGAACCAGAGUCCCAGGUGCCGUCGGCCGGCCGUUCCCGUCCGUGGAGGUGCGGCUGGCCCGGUUCAAGCCCGGCUCCGGGGAGCAGUACGACGUGCUGGCGGAGGGCAACAGCCGCGGCACCACCGUCACGCCGGGCUGUGAGGGCCAGGAGGGUGAGCUGCUGGUGCGCGGUCCGUCCGUCUUCAGCGGCUACUGGCAGCGGCCGGAGGUCACGCGCCGCGAGUUCGCGCCCGACGGCUGGUUCCGCACCGGCGACACGGCCGCCCUCACCGGCGACGACGGCCUCUUCCGCAUCCUCGGCCGCACCUCGGUCGACAUCAUCAAGUCGGGCGGCUUCAAGGUCAGCGCCCUGGAUGUGGAGCGCCGCCUGCUGGAGCGCGACGUGCAGGACGUGGCCGUGGUCGGCCUGCCCGACCUCACCUGGGGCCAAAAGAUUGCAGCUGUGGUGGUGGCUUCUGCCGACCUGGACCUCGCCCAGCUGAAGGAGUGGUGCAAGGAGAAGCUGCCCCCGUACGCGGCACCCACUGUGCUGCGGCUGGUGCCCCAGCUGCCUCGUAAUGUCAUGGGCAAGGUCAACAAGAAGGAGCUCGUCAAGACCAUGUUCCCGCAGUCGCGCGCCGGGGUGUAGGUCGCGGCCCGGGCGCUAGGCGGCGCGGCGAUCGCCUGUGCCGGGAAUCACGCCUCGCGGCGAGGUGGCGGCUUGUGACGGUGAUCGCAUGCUGGGAGUGACAGGUGCCAUCGGUGCGGUUUGGUCUGUCGCUUGUGUAUGCUGGGUGGCUCAGUUAGGCAUGCUAUUCUGCGAUGACAAAAUGCGAGGAUGGAUUUCUUCCAGCAUAUGCCAGUUGCUGCUCUGAUUUGGCAGGUGGCAUUUGUGCCUGUGUUCCGCAGGCUCAUUGACUCUUCGUCAAUAGAGUGUCUGUUCAGUGGUGGUGAGCUGCUCAUCACGAACACAACAGCUUGUCUGUAAUUGGAGGUGAUAUUGGGGGUACAGUCACUCAGGACUAGGGCAAUGGUGGUGCUUGCACUGCCCAGAAUUCACUAAUAUUAGCUGUAGAGGAAGGCCCUGUGAUAACUUGGAAUGUGAUUUUAUAGCAGCUGCACUGAUGUCUCAGUGAGCUAUACAUUGAUCAUUGAUUGGUGACAUUUUGUGUCGUUGUACUGUUUGUUCCCUGGGACUCAUAGUGGACAGUACCGGACGUGGACGUGAUCCAUGACUACAAUAAUUGCGUGACAAUAGUUAGCAAGUGUUAUGCGUUUUUGGGAGCUAUGUGCAGAUGGUCUGGACUUGACAGGUAUAGCUGCAUGAUGCUUAAAUGCUUAUGGCUCGCAAAAUAUAGAGCGAUC